AUGUCGAGGCCCAGCAUCAUCGACGGCAACACUUUCGUCCGCUUGAAGCGCCCCCCCAGCGAGUUGACUGCGCAGUCAACGUUAGCGAUGAAGUCGACCUCGCCUCGUCCGCAGGCGCAGACCCAGGCGCAGCCGCAGACGCAAGCACAGACGCGGACGCGGACGCGGAAGCAAUUCAACUGCCCCGGAUGCGAUCACAGGUUCAAGUCCCGAACGCGCCUUCUGCGGCACGCCUUCGAGUGCGCCGUGCAGCUGCAGUCGCAGACGCAGACGCAGACGGAGACGCAAGCGCAGCCGGCGUCGCCGACUUCAGCUCCCCAGCCCGAGUCUGGCGAGUCAGCGAUCCCUCGGUUAGCACCGGCGUCGUUCACGCCCUGGCCGCCGGCGACAUUCAAGCCGGUGCCGUUGUUGAAGUUCACGCCGUUGCCUUUGCCUUAUCCGCCCGCGCCAGAGUCGGCGGCCCCGGCAGCAGGAACCGACAAGCACUCUGAGCCUUCCAAGAAGGCAAAGGGCCAGGGGCCCGAUCAAUCGCACCGCACUCCUGACCAUUCUGGUCAUUCCAGUUCCACCGAUCCGCAGCGGUCCAGCCGACCCUCUAGACCUCCUUCCCCGAGCCAAGCGGCCGAUCCUCCCGACGAUAAACGCGACGGUACAGAUGACAAAUGCGAGGGCGCCGGUGAUGGACAAGGCGGACGCGAGCCAGGCCACAGUUAG